AGCCCCAGAGCCCUGCACAACAGAGCUCUCUGUGCCAGGAGCCGCUCCCUGCCCUGCUGCCAGGAUGGCUGAGAGCUUGAUGUAUGCUGAACUGCAGGUCACCAAGCCCUCCCCGGGACGAAGCACGAGCCCCUGGGUGCAGGGGACAGCUCCUGUGUCUGCAGCCCCGCACCAGGCUGAUGGCACCUAUGACAACUUCCAGCAGGGCCCAGUGGGCGAGGGGCCAGCCAGGCACAGAGCCCGGCAGCGCAGAGAGCGCCGGUGGAGAGGACGGGCCCUGCCCCUGAUCCUGCUGGCAGCCUGUCUGGUCCUGCUGAUCACCACCAUCACCCUGGGGGUCUGCUACUGGCAGCAGGGGCAGCGGCUGCAGCAGACAUCCCGUGCCCACAUCGUCGAGCGCGAUGGCCUGUGGCAGCAGGUCGAUGUCCGGGAGCAGCGGCUGAGGCAGGUGGGUGCAGUGCUGGGGAAAACCCAGGAGGAGCUGGCACAGACCCGAGUGGAGCUGGGACAGGCACGGCAAGAGGGGAACCGCAGCCAGGAGGAUCUGCACAGGCGGGACGUGGAGCUGCAGGACACCAGAGUGCAGCUGAAGGAGACCAAGGCAGCACUGGAGCAGGCGCAGGAGCAUUCCUGGGACCUGCAGCAGCAGCUGGACGAAGCUGCCAUAACCCAGGCCAGAGCAUGGACCUGCCAGGUCACAGACUGCUGCCCGGAGGCCUGGGUGCUGCACCACGGGAAGUGCCUGUAUGUCACCAAGGAGGAGAAGACCUGGUGGGACAGCAAACGCGAGUGUGAAGACCAAUUCUCUCAGCUCCUCGUCUCCUGGGAGUGGGAACGCACAACCAUGCCGAGCUUCCUCACCAACACGGACACCUCGUUCUGGAUCGGGCUCCGGCAAGACCAGGGCCAGUGGACUUGGAUCGAUGGGACUUCUUCCAAAGAGCCAAGGACCUUUGGGCGGCGGCAGGAUUGUGGAGCAAUGAAAGGGGGAAACAUAGAGACCGCCCAUUGCUCUUCCUUUUAUACCAAGCGCCUUGCAGUCUGCGAGAAGCCAGCUGAGCCUGACAUGCCCCCACGUCUGUUUCCAUUCGGCCCCUGGGGAAUGAAGAUGGGCCCCUUCAACUGAGGCCAGGAUGCUUCUCCAGAGCCCCCUGGAAAUCCCAAGCCCAGGACUGCAGAGGGCUCUGGGUGAGGCUUCAUCACAGCCCAGCAGAGCAUUGCCAGCCUCUCCUGCGUCUGACCCUAACAUGGCUGUUGAUGCAGCCCAGGACUGUGGUUACCCUUUCUGCAUCGCCUCAUAUGGCAGAUGCACUGGGUCCAUGCUGCACCAAAGCCCCAGGUUCCUCUCCAUAGUGCUGCCCCCAGGCAUGUCUUUCUCGCUCCAUGCCUCUGUUCAUGAUCCUUCCUCCCGAGGGCAGUGCCGUACACUUGUCCACAUUGAACUGGAUCUUGUCAGCUACAGCCCGGCUUUCCAGUCUGUCGAAAUCUGUCUGCCUUACAAUGCUCAGAGCCCUUCCCAGUGUUGUGUGGUCCAUAACUUGCUCCAGAAGCUUUCUGUGCCAGCAUCCAGACCAUGAAUGGACACAUCGAGCAGCCCCAGGCCCAGGACCAAUGCCUGACAGACUCCAUGCAAAGCCUCCUGCUGUCUGGAGCCAGUCAGAAUGACCGACCCCUUUCCUGGCAGCGAUGGAGCCAGCUGUCUGCCCCCGUGUAGUAUCUUUGUCCACUUGUUUAAUGAGGAGGUUGUAUGGGGCUGUAACAGGGUUCCUCUCCAGUGGCAGCCAUAGUGCCCUGAAGGGCUCCCAGCCCUUAUCCACUUGGCUUUGUUUGGACACUUGCUGCUUUAAUUACCGACCAUGACUGGAUGUACCUAUCUUUUAGAUAAAGGGAGGCUGACCCAGGGCUUCCUGAGCCUGAUCUUCCUACCAUGACCACAUGUGUCCAUACUCAUUGUCUUCAGGGCCAAUUGGGUGGCUCCAACCUUCCAUUUACACAAAGCCCAUGCCUCAAAGAUGAUAAUCCUUUGUGUUGACAAGCCCCUUCCUGGGCAAUGGGCUCUCAUCCCAAGUCCUUGACCUUCUUGGGCUACAAGUGCCUUGGUCCCCAUGGUCCCCAGCUGAGAGCCCCAGUC